GGAAACGCUCUCACGUCGGUUGAUAAAGCUGUUCUCUAAAGAGUUGAACUCUGACACAUUACUUACGCAACUCCACCGGCCCCACUAGAGACGUUUAACUUUUUCAAAUAACGGUGAGCAUGAAUGUUCUUACUAAAUGCGCGCGACUAUAACGGAGGGGUAAUGUAAUGGUCUGUUGUUUAGUAGCACCGCGUGGAUGUGCCUGCCUGCAACAGAUGGUCGUCGUUGUAACGUGGUCAGAUUAGCCUCCUCAGAUAAACCCUAGAGCCUGCUACUUCCUCAAUGGGAGAAAGACGUCAAUAAAUGUGUGUUCAGUGGCUCGACAACACGUUUGUCUGAUCGAAACAAUAAAGACUGUAUUUGAGUUGACAUUUCUACUUGCGGGCCACAUCCCUGCUGCCCCCUUGGGUGUCAACGGAGCGACUCCGUGCACUCCAUUUGCGUGAUACGAAUUCGGUGAUGGAUAGAUCCAUUUGAGAAGACGACAUUGACCACAAUUCCACCAUCUACAGUAUAAAUCGGAGGCAAACAUCCCACAUCACAAAGCCUGCGUCUAGACAGCUGUAAGGAGCAAUAACAAGGCAAAGGGUACCCCGGCCGUCCGACGCUUCGCACGACAACUCCCCUUGCUACCCAGCUUCCGGCCUUUAGACCUCAAUCACAGUCCCUGGACCAACCAGAGGGCCGCACACGACCAUCAAGCUUCCUUCCCUUCCGUCCCAGCUACCCCUCAGACGACCUCCCCCUCUCUCCCAUGACACGGCGACCCUCCGCUUAGAUAAACAAUCCGAGGCCCGUUUACAAAUAGUAUAGCUCAAAUCCCCUCAACCGGUGUGUGUUCCGAAUGAGCACAUUGUUGACACGACCAUGAAGUGCGUAUCGCUCCUCAUCGUGGCAGGGCUCGUCAGCCAUCUUGCUAACUCGGCCCACAGCCAGGCGGUCUGCAGCCCCCCAGGCCCUCUGGACUGGCAUCCCCAGCCGCGGACAGUCCAGGUCAAGUGGGCUCUCACCGAGAGCCUGUGCUUGGACCAGGCCCAGUGUUGGGCUGUCCAGGACCAGCAGGCCUCCAGGACGCCGGCUGAUGGCUUCCCCCAGCUGUGCCCUCUGGAGCUGCAGCGUGGAGACACACUGCUGGUGGCCACCGACGCGACCCUGGAGGCGUACGGAUUCGGCCUCCUCAACGUGUCCGAGGACGACUUCCGGAGAUGCUCGAGUCCGUCGAAAGGUGGAGCUUUGUUUACCGACAACCUGACUGGGAGGAAGCGGGUCGAGCCGCGGUGGCUUGUCCCCGGCAUUCAUUAUUUCAUGGCUGUGCACGAGGGGAACCCAGAGCUGUGCAAGCUGGGGCUGCGGCUCAACGUGACGGUGAAGGAGAACCUGUGUCAGAGCUCCCCCCUGGUGAGGCUGUGCUCGGGGAGCGGCGCGUGUCGGACAGGCCCGGGGGAGGACGCCUACCGCUGUCGAUGCCACCUGAAUCACACGGGGACGUUCUGCGAGAAGUUCGACGCCUGUUUGAACACCCCGUGUGUCAACAAGGGGGUGUGUUUGAGCCACGCUUCCACAGAUCCAGGCCACCAAGCAUAUAUCUGUUUGUGUCCUCCAAACUUUACAGGUGUUAACUGUUCUGAAGUAAUUGGCCAGGAGACCUGCAACAGGGUUUGUCAAAAUGGAACCUGCCUCAAUGUGUCCUCCAAUACCUUCAGAUGUUCAUGCAACACUGGGUACUCUGGUCCCCCUUGUGAGAAGAUGCGGGGGUGCGACCCAGACCCGUGCAGGAACGGAGGCCGAUGCACAGAGAGCGCCGGAGGGUUUUCCUGUGUCUGUCCAGAGAGCUUCACGGGCCUGGACUGUGACACCCCGUUCCACGACCCCUGCGUGACCUACGGAUGUCCGUCCGAGAGGACCUGCUCGACAGGGGAGCAUGGCCCGGGCUGUGUGUGCCCAGACGGGCCGUCCGGGGCGCAGUGCAGGAGGCAGAGUGGCCCGUGCAGCCUGUCUCCUUGUCUCAACAACGGCAGCUGUGUCGCCCUGGGAGACGAUUACGCCUGCAGAUGUCUUCCGGGGUUUUCCGGGACGAGCUGUGAGAGUGUAAUUGACUUCUGCAGCCUGCUCAGUAUCAACUGUCUGCACGAAGGAGUGUGUCUCAGUGUAAUUGGCGGGUAUAAUUGCCUCUGCUCUCCCGGGUGGACCGGAGAGUUCUGCCAGUAUGUGGACGACGCCUGUCGGAUCUUCCCUGACCGCUGUCUGCACGGUGCCGCCUGCCUCACCACCAGCCAACCGGACGCUGCGCCGCAAUACAGGUGCAUCUGUCGCCAUGGCUACACAGGGCGGCACUGUGAGAACGACGUGGACGAGUGUGAGUCCAGCCCCUGCCAGCACAACGGCACCUGCACCCACGGCCUGGGCUCCUACACCUGCAGGUGUCCACCAGGGUUCCUGGGGACCAGCUGUGAGGUGGAUGUAGACGCCUGUCUGCUCCCCAACGCCUCCUGCCCUGCUGACACCCGGUGUCUGGACCUGCCUGACGGACUCAAACACACCUGCCGACGGCCCUGCCCCCCUAACAUACAGCCGUGUGCCAACGAGGGCCGCUGUGUGCUGAGCGACGGCAGCAGCUACACCUGCGUUUGCACCCCCGGGUGGGCCGGCCGCAACUGCCGCGUCAACGUCAACGACUGCGUCCGCCACCGGUGCCAGAACGGAGCCACGUGUGUGGACGGCGUCCACGGCUACAGCUGCUUGUGUCCCGGAGGGUUCCGCGGAGCCUUCUGCGAGGAUGAUGUGGACGCCUGCGUCGGCCAUCGCUGCUCUCCACACGGAGUGUGUGUGAACCACAGGUACAACCACACCUGUCGCUGUGCGCCGGGGUUCCGUGGCCCGCUCUGCGACCAGGAGGCCGACGAAUGCCAGAGAUCUCCGUGCGCCAACGGAGCGACGUGCGUGGGCCGUGCGCUGAACUUCCUCUGUGUGUGUCCCCCUGGGUUUGAAGGUCGGUUUUGCUCUGAGAAUGUAAACCCCUGCCGCUCCUGGCCUUGUCUCAACGGAGGGUCCUGUAGGAAUCUGCUGGAUGACUACAUGUGUCAGUGCCCCUUUGGUUUUGAAGGGAAAGAUUGUUCCGAGGAUGUGGACCUGUGCUCCCUGGAGAUCUGCCAGGAACACAGUCUGAGAUGCACAGAAACAUGGGACGGACAGAAUGUCACUUGCAUCUGUGAGAAAGGCUUUGGCGGGCCGUUCUGUGAAGUAAAUCUCGACGACUGUGAGUCCAGUCCCUGCCUCAACCAAGCAGUGUGUGUGGAUGGUGUCGACCUGUAUCAGUGCUUCUGCCCAGAGGGCUUUGGGGGGAUGAACUGUGAAAUCAACUAUGAUGAAUGUGACCAGGGAUUCUGUGCCAACAAUUCCACUUGCAUCGACCAGGUUGCAGGCUACGAAUGUGUCUGUCCAUCUGGGUUUGCUGAUGAAAACUGCUCCACGCCGGUUGCGGCGUGCGCCCCGGGGGACGAUGUGUGCAGGAACGGCGGCACCUGCUACAGCUUCGGGGGAGAACCUCACUGUGCCUGCCCUCCAGGUCGAACAGGGCAGCACUGCGAGGGGAACACUGACCGCUGUGAGACCAAGCCCUGCGGUCCGCUCAGCAUCUGCCGAGACUCCCUCCAUGGCUACACUUGUUUCUGCGCCCCCGGAUUUAUAGGCAGGAGGUGUGAGAUGGAGGUUGAUGAGUGCCUGAGUGUGCCGUGUCAGAACGGAGGGACCUGCUCCGACCAGCUGGACGCCUUCACCUGCACCUGCCCCCACGGAGUCUCAGGGGACUACUGUGAAAUCAACGUGGACGAGUGUCUGUCCUCGCCCUGCCUGCACAGUGGCUCCUGUGUGGACCAGGCCAACCGCUACCAGUGUGUCUGUCUGCCUGGCUUCACUGGUCGUGACUGUGAGUUCCUCCCCUGCGAGGACAGUAACCCGUGUGAGAACGGCGCAGGGUGCCUGGAGGAGCACGAUCACGAGCGCUUCCCGCUGGGGUUCCGCUGCCAGUGUCGCCGUGGCUACACCGGCCCCCGCUGCGAGGUCGACGUGGACGAGUGCAGCUCCAGCCCCUGCCUGCAUGGCUUCUGCUACGACGUGGUGGACGGGUUCUACUGCCUGUGUAACCCAGGUUACGCCGGCGUGGCGUGUGAGCAGGACAUUGAUGACUGUGUCAAUAACAUGUGCUCCAACAACUCCACAUGUCUGGACCUGCACUUGAGGUACCGCUGUGUGUGUCUCCCAGGGUGGGAGGGGGAGUUCUGCCACGUGGAGACUGACGAGUGCUCCGCCCUGCCCUGCCUGAACAACGCCACCUGCAUCGACCUCCUCCAUGGAUACAAGUGUGUGUGUCCAGUGGGCUGGACGGGUGAGGACUGCGGUGAGGACGUGGAGGAGUGCGCCUCGGGGCCGUGUCUGAACGGGGCCCUGUGCGUGGAGUCACCGGAGCCAGGGCUGUUCUCCUGCAGCUGUCCUCCCCUCUACACGGGCCCCCGCUGCGCCCAGCCCCUGGACCCCUGCCACCCGCGCCUCCAGCCCUGCCUGCACGGCUCCACCUGCCAGGCGCACCCCGACGGGCACGCCUCCUGCAGCUGUCCUGCUGGAUUUGAGGGAACUCGCUGUGAAAUUGACACCGACGAAUGUUUCUCCAGUCCGUGUCUGAACCAAGGCCUCUGUCUGGAUGGACUCAAUAGCUACAGCUGCGACUGUAAACCGGGUUUUUCUGGUCUGGACUGUGAGGAUGACAUCAAUGAGUGUACCUCCAGUCCCUGCAUGAACAAUGCCGUGUGCCAGGAUCUGCAGAACAGGUUUCUGUGCAGCUGCCCCCCCGAGUACUUUGGGAGGCUGUGUGACCUGGAUGUGAAUGAGUGUGAGUCCUCCCCCUGCCUCCACCAGGGCUCCUGCAUCAACAUGCCAGGAGGCUUCGACUGUGUCUGUCACCCCGGCUUCACAGGAAGGUGGUGCGAGCGCGACGUGGACGAGUGUGCGUCCGCGCCGUGUCAGAACGGCGCCCGCUGCGUGGACGAGCCGGGCCUCUACCACUGCGUCUGCCCAGACGGAUUCCUGGGUCCGCACUGUGAGACCGACAUGGACGACUGUGUGUCCAGGCCUUGCCUGCAUGGGAGUUGCCGUGACGGCGUGGGUUCCUACGUCUGUGAGUGUGAGCCGGGCUGGGCCGGGCCCAGAUGUGACACCGACGUGGACGAGUGUGGCUCCGGCCCGUGUCUCCACGGGGGCUCCUGUGUCGACCUGCUGGACAAGUACGCCUGCUUCUGCCUGGACGGCUACCGGGGGAGGCGCUGCGAGGAGGACGUGGACGUCUGCGUGGAGGCGCCCGGCGACGCCUCGCCAUGUUUCAACGGCGCCACCUGUGUCGACGGAGAGGGCUCCAACUUCACCUGCAGCUGUCCAGCAGGCUACAUGGGGGACUUCUGUGAGGUGAACAUCCAGGAGUGCUGCUCUGACCCCUGCCUGAACGGAGCCAUCUGCCAGGACCUGCUGGAUGGAUACCUCUGCCACUGCAGACCAGGUUGGACAGGCCUUCGCUGCCAGGAUGACAUUAACGAGUGCCUUCCCCGGCCGUGCAUCCAGGGGCUGUGCCUGCAGAACCAGCCUGGAGCCGGCUUCACCUGUUUCUGUCGGCCUGGAUAUGUGGGGAGGAACUGUGAGCACAACUACGACGACUGCCUGCUGGAUCCGUGUCCAGAGGGCUUCAGCUGUGUGGACGGGAUCAACCAGGCCAGGUGUUUCCCCAGGGUGCCAGAUGUCCCCUUGGCUCAUAUUGAUCGGGAUGACGAACGAGGAAAAACCACCAGGUGAAAAACACCAAAAAUAUCAACUGACACCAGACCCUCUCCUCCCCCAGACUCCGGCCUGCUCCAGUACACAGGCAGCUCCUACCUGGCGUUUGAGGGCCUGCAGGUGGGCGCUGAGAACAGCCUGGUGGUGAGGUUCCACACCAGCCUCAGGCAGGGAACCCUCCUCUAUGUGGACCAGGGCUCUAGCAGAGACCUCUUCUUCAUGAAGCUCUUCCUUCUGGAUGGAAUGCUGCAGUACGCCUUCGCCUGCAGCCCGGAGGAAGGGGUCCGCCACGUGAACACCUCCAUCCGCGUGGACGACGGGCGAGCCCACGUGGUUUACGUGAGACAAGGACUGGCUCCGUGUGAAGCUGGAGUGACCGUGUCUGGGUACCAGGGGGUCAGAAGCAGGCAGAGUAACUACUGGUCUGGACUCGCCCUUCAGAGGACCAGUCAUCUCUUCAUAGGGGGCCUGCCUCACAGAUACCAGCCCUACCAGGGAGCAGAGCCUUUUCACAACUACACUGGCUGCAUUGAAAUAAUUGAAAUUAAUAAACUGAAGGGAUUCUACGCAUCCAAUGCCAUUGCCGGGAGCAACGUAGAAAACUGCAGGUCUGGCUUUCUUACAAAUACCUCCGACACCUCAACGUGGCGUCCCGUGGAGAUGAGUACCCAGCCUGUCCAUCUCCCUGCCCCACGCCCCCUCCAGCCCCCCCAGCCCACCAGCCCCCCAGGCACACUGAACCAGACUGUCUGGACAGUGUCGGCGCCCACGCAGCGCCCCCCUGGCUGCCACGGUAACCUCUGCCUGAAUGGAGGGACGUGUUGGGAGCCCGCAGGAGGGCCGCUGUCCGUCCGGUGUGACUGCCCGCUCCACUUCACAGGACGCCUCUGUGAGAAAGACGCCGCCAUCUUUCUCCCCUUCUUCAACGGGUCGUCUUAUCUGGAGGUGCCUCCCCCUUCGUCUCUGCUGCAGCGGCCCCGGGCGCCCGGGCAUGACACGGCCCCCGGGGCCGCCAGCUCCUCUGGCUCCACCGCUUAUCCUGCUCCCUCCAUCAAGACGGCCGCCGUGACCCUCACGCUGGCCGUGAAGACCGGAGCCACCCAGGGCUCCCUCCUCUACAGUGAAUAUGGACUACCAGUGGGUAGGGAUGGAGGGUCGUGCGUGCUUGAGAUAGCCGUGGAGAACAGGACAGUGGGGCGUCAGGAGGACGUCCUGUCCCUUCCUGGGUCAGAGGCCUCAUUUGGACCCAUGUUCCUGGGCGGUGUCCCUUCUCGCUGGGAGCUUCGUGACCACACCCAGGAUGUGAGGGGCCUGGUGGGAUGCCUGCGGGACCUCCAGGUGAACUCCAGGGAGGUGUACCUGGUGGGGGAGGCCUUGGGCGGGAGGAACAUCCAGAACUGCGAUCCUCCAGUCUGCCAGCAUCUGCCCUGCCGCAACGGAGGCACCUGUGUCAGUGAUGGGGAGGGCUGGUUCUGUGCGUGCCCCCUGCUGUACACGGGCCGGCUGUGUCAGCUGACGGCGUGUGAGAGGAGCCCCUGUGGGCGGGGGGCCACCUGCCUCCCCAAGUCCCCCCUGGAGGCCGUGUGCCUCUGCCCCUACGGACGACAGGGCCUGCUGUGUGAGGAAGCCAUCAACAUCACCCGCGCCCGCUUCGGCGGCAACGAUGAGUUUGGCUCCACCUCCUUCAUGGCCUUCUCCCCCAUCCCCAGCCUCAGCGCCUUCUACGAGUUCCAGCUGAAGCUCACCUUUGCCAACAACGCCUCCGCCUGGAAGGACAACCUCAUCCUGUUCUCAGGGCAGAAAGGAGAAGGCGUCAAUGGAGAUGACUUCCUGGUUCUGGGAGUUCGUAACGGGCGGGUUCUGCACAAGUUCAGCCUGGGUUCCGGCGUGGGGAACAUCAUCAGCGAUCGUCUGGACCGCCGCGUCGAUAUCCACACCGUGACCUUCGGACGGUGGAGGCGGACUGGGUGGCUGAAGGUGGACGGACAGAGGAACAGGACUGGCUCCUCCCCAGGGCCGCUGGUGGGCCUGAACGUGCUCAACCCCAUAUUUGUGGGAGGAUAUAACGAACACACCCCUGAACUGCUGCCUGUGGGCUCCAGGUUCCGGAACGGCUUCCAAGGGUGUGUGUUCGACCUGCGGUUCCGGACUCGGAGGCAGGGGGCGCUGCGGACGCUGGGGGGGCUGGAGGGCCGGCCUGCCUUUGGACGCAGCGUGGGCCAGUGUGGCGUCACGCCCUGCACCCUGGUCACCUGCCAGAACGGAGGCAUCUGCGUGGACUCUGGAUCAUCCGUCUACUGCCAGUGUCCACCAGCGUGGAAGGGAGCUCUCUGUUCAGACACCGUGUCGGUGUGUGACGCUGAACACAGCCCGCCUCCUCUCUGUGCCCCUGGCUCCACCUGCAUCCCCCUGCCAAGGGGCUACACCUGCCAGUGUCCGCUGGGAGCGGCCGGCCUCUACUGCCAGCAAGUGGUGGCCAUCAGCGACCCAUACUUCAGUGGUAACCUGUCCUCGUGGAUGUCCUUCCUUGGCCCCAACAUCCGACACAGGACCGCCCUGCAGCUGCAGUUCCAGACCCUGUCCCCAGAGGGCGUCCUCUUCUACACGGCACAGCACCUCGCUGCCAGAUCAGGGGACUUCCUGUGUCUCUCUCUGGCAUCAGGUUUCCUGCAGCUGCGCUACAACCUGGGUGACGGCACUGUGGUCCUCCAGGCUCCCAGGAGGGUGGACAUCAGCGGCCGUACCUGGCACAGCGCGCGGGCGGGCCGGGACGGCCAGCAUGGAUUCCUGGUCCUGGACGGCUCCGAGGCGCAGCCGACCAUCGCCACGCCGGCUGCCAUGACCACGCUGGAUGUCGCCCCGGAGAUGUUCGUCGGGGGCGUGUCCUCCCUGAGCGCGGUGGCCAACGAGGCGGUGGAGGCGGGGUCUGUGGGCUUCACGGGCGGGAUCCGGGAGGUGUUGGUGAACGGGGUGGAGCUGGAGCUGACGGAGGCUGGGGCGCUGGGCGGGGCCAACGUGGGGGACUGGGACGGCACGGCGUGCGGGUACAAGGUGUGCCGGAACGGGGGCCGCUGCCGGCCCCUCGGGGGCCAAUCCUUCCUGUGCGCCUGCCCCCCCGCCUGGACCGGCCCGCUGUGCAACCAGUCCGUCAGCUGCCUCAACCACAUGUGCCACAACGGGGCCCUGUGCGUCCCGGCUGCCCUGCCUCCAUCCUACCUCUGCCUCUGCCCGCUCGGGAGGCAAGGCGAGCACUGCAAGGAGGAAGUGGCCCUGACCAGCCUCAGGUUCAUAGGUCGCUCCUACGUCAAGCACAGCGACCCCAAGUUCAGCGCCCGCAACCUGAGGCUCACGCGGCUGGCGUUCAACUUCUCGGCGGGCGCCGGCGACGGGCUGAUGGCGUGGAUGGGGAGGGCGGAGCAUGAGGACGACGACUACCUGGCCGUGGGGCUCCAGGGGGGGAAGCUGAAGGUGGCGGUGAACCUGGGGGAGAGGUUGUGGCCCCCCCAGGCGGUGGGUGGCGCUGCGCUGUGCUGUGACCGCUGGCACGCCGCCUCCCUGGAGCUCAGCGGCACGGUGCUGGAGGUGCGGCUGGACGGGGACAGGGUUCUCCUCCAGGACGUGGACCCGUUCGAGCGAUACGUGGCACUUAACCACGGCGGCGUGGUCUACCUGGGAGGGUUCGAGCUCCACAGGGAUGUAGCGGAGGUUAGCGGCGGCCUGUUCAGCCGCAGGUUCGUAGGAGCGCUGAAAGAUGUUCACCUGUACCAGGAGCCCAGACACCUGCAGUUUGUUCAGAACAGUGAAGGCUUUAAUGUUUUCAAAGGCAAUGAAUAGCAGAGUUGGCAUGAAACAAGGGGUCAAGUAGUACUGCCAAUGUGUGUCAAAGUGGUUUAUGAGAAAUACACUUAGCUUUUUCCCCCUGCUCAAGGACAACAUUUUCAUAUCAACAAUAAAAAGAUAAGCUUUAUUAAGAACUGCACAUGAACACACUUCGCUUCAUUUCUGACCAAAAUGCAGGUAGAAAUUAGCUUUAAAAAAAAAAAAAGGCGUUAAGAAAAAUAAGAAAUAGGAACAUUUUGAAAUCAAAAGAAGCUGCUUUCAUGGCAAAUGUCUGUGACGUGACACAAACAGUCUGGUGUCGAGUCUGUAGCUGCAGGACUUUCUGCCCCAGCGUUAGUGUGGAUUUCCUCAGACGGCGAGGACUGGCCGGCUCCUGCGAGGGCGGGCCGGCUCCCUCCUGAACACAACGGAGCCCCAGUCUCUCACAACAUUCCUCUCAGUGCAGCCAGUCACAACGUGACACGAUAAAAGACAAUCAAAUGAACACAUAAAAGAAUGUGUGGUUUAUAACUUGAAAAUCACCUUCAGGAGUUGUGAAAGUAGCCUUUUAGUACGUUCUCUUAUGAAAGCUGAAUUCUGUGUUAUCGUACUGAAACAUUUUCUCUGCUGUAUUCUCAAUAUAUAACUGAUUAAAAAAAGGAACAUGACAUAAGCAAAUGGCACAAAAACAUGUGGAUCAUGGGCGUGUCUUUAAAAUUCAUCCAAUCAUGGCCGUGUGUCUUUCGAAAUUUUCCUGUGACGUAUCAAAAUCCUCGAUCACGAGUGGCUGUCUCGGGCGCUCCGCCUCCCUUUGUCGUAGUCAGAGUCUCUCCUGUGCCGGUGCCUGUCCCUGUGGCGGCUGUCGUAGUCGUCGCCGUGGUGACGGUCUUUCCUCCUGUCUCCGUAGCGAUCUUCUGCAGAGUGUCCGCGGUGCCUGCUCCUUUCCCUGUGCUUGUCCUCAUAGCUCCUGUCGUGCUUCUUCCCUCUGUCGUGGUCUCUCUCCCUGUCGUGGUCUCUCUCCCUGUCGUGGUCUCUCUCCCUGUCGUGGUCUCUCUCCCUGUCGUGGUCUCUCUCCCUGUCGUGGUCUCUCUCCCUGUCGUGGUCUCUCUCCCUGUCGUGGUCUCUCUCC